UGAAUUGACGUUUCGCGGCGUCCUAACAGCUGUUCGACCAUUGCUGUGAUGAAAGCGUGAUUUCCUAUCGGAUAUUUGAGUUCCACGUGUUUAAAUAACCAUUUAUAUCAGUAAAUUAAUAAAAAUAAGCGAUGGAGGAUGAUUCAGGAGUCAAAGCACCAGUUACUCGGCUAAGGAGAAGGUUAUCUGUUGAACAGUCCGAAGAGAGCAAAUCUCCUGCACCCAACACACCAACUAAAGCAAGGAGGGGUAGGAGAAAGCCAGAAUUAGAACUCAUUGAAGAAAAUGGUGCAGCAAAAACAACUCCAAUGAAAACUGUCACAAAAGAUAUAGUAGAAGAAGAAAAACCGCUUACACCAUCAAGACGGAGUGCGAGAAUUAGAUCCAACACCAGCAUUGUGUCGGAGACAGCUGUCGUAGAUUCACCCAGAGCUAAAAGAGCAGCUAGAAGAUUGUCACAAGUUGGAAGUGAUACUGAAGGCCCAGCAACACCAGUGAGACAAACUAGGAGAACCAGAAAAGAUUCUACUUCUAGCAUAGACAAAGCUGAAAAUCAGGUUGCUGCAAAGCAAAAGACAAUACCAGAACCUAUAACAGAAGAAAAUGAGACAAACAAACAACAGCCAGUCCCCAAUACCAGUGAUGAAACAAAUGACAGUAAUAUGCCUGUUAGGAAAAGCCCCAGGUUACAAGAAAAAAAAGGAAGAAACAGCAAAACAAGUCAAAGUCCUGAAAAAUCUAUCAAUGAAGAUUUAAAUAAAACCAAAAAUAAUGUAACCCUGGGAACGAAAGAUAGUGAGAGCACAGAAGCAUCUGAUAAUCAAGCCUCCAAAACAAAUGAUCUAACUACUAUAUCACCUGUAAAAGGAAGCGACAGACUCUCAAUAGGUAGUGCUGAGUUGCUAGAAAGUGUAAAUGUCAAGCCCAGUAAAAAGACAUCCAGCCUAAAUAAAAGCACAUCAGCUCUUACAAACUUGAUUUCGGAAAGUAAAAGGUCACGAACUAAAUCAUGUUCUGUGUCUUUAUCAGUUGCAGCAACUGAUGAUAUUAGUAAUCAGUUUUACAGUGACAGUGAAAGCACCAAAAAACGCAAGAGUAACAGCCGUAGUCCUCUGAAACAGUUAAAUAUUUCUGGAUCUAAUAAAUCUUUAAAUAAAAGUCCAACCAAAGAAAAAUCAUUUACAGAAAUUCCCAAAAAUGAAGCUCCAGAACCUGUUAUGCAGCUAAAUAUUUCUGGAUCUAAUAAAUCUUUAAAUAAAAGUUCAAACCAAGAAAAAUCCUUUACAGAAUUCUCCAAAAAUGAAGCUACAGAAAAAGAUCAAUCUGAUAAUAGUAAUGACAUUCAAGACAUAUUUAAACAAAAGCCCAGUUCAGAUAUGCGAGUUACAAUAAUUACAUUUGGAGACAAUGACUCUAAUCAUGAGAAAUUAAACAGAGCAGAGGAUGAUCAAUGUGUUCCUGAAGUUGAACAUGUUCACGAAAAAUCUAAUAAAAUUAAUGAGACGAAGGAAGAUAAUAGCACUGCAAGAAAAAACUCUAUAAAUGAUUCUUGUGAGCCAAUGGAUGUUGAUGAAACUAUACCAGAUCAUUUACUGAUUGAUCAUUCUCAAAAAAUAAACGACAAAUCAAUGCAAAGUCCUCAAAAAUCUAAAAGAAAGUCAUCAUUUGGACUAAACUUGGAUGCUAGUGUAAACCAUAAUAAAAGUAAUUCAUCUGGUUUUGCAUUCGAGUCUGGCAAGCAAAAUAUGUCAUCAUCUGAAGCAAAUACAUCUAAACAGAAUACUUCUUUGCAAAGCUCUAAGGAAUCAAAACGUAAAUCUUCUAUAAACCAAAGCUUCAAUGAAAGUGAAAACCAAAAUAAAAGUACUCUUGUAUUAUCCUACCUAAAAGACAUACCAGAAUCUGAAACAAAUAAAUCCUCAAAGUCACCUCAACAGCUAAAUGAUAAAAGACUAUCGAAUUCAACCACUGUUUUAAAUAUUACACAAGAAAAUAUUGUUUCAAAUAAGAACCUGUCAUUGUGCUAUUCAACUAGUACUCCUUUGCAACAAAAAGGCAACAGAGGAAUUAAUGUCAAUACAUCUAACAUUAAAUCUCCUGGUGAGAAUAAACUGCUAGUCAAUAAAACAAAAUACUCUGAUUCUGAUAGUGAUUCUUCAGAAUCAAAUAAAACAAAAGGGAAUGAAAGUAAAUUGAUAAAUCAAAAAUCUGAUAGCUCUAGUUCUGAUGGUGAAUCGUCUCAAGAAAAGAAUGACUUAAUGGAUGAUGAAGCUGAAGAUGCAGGAGAUGAUUAUGAGUCGGGUGACAGCCAGGAUGAAGAAGAAAGAGAAGAAGCAUUAGCGAAUGAAAUAAGGGAAAAAGGUGAAACGCUUACCUCUGAAGAAGAAUUAUCUGAUGACUCGGACUACGAAAAAGAUUCAUUUAUAGUAAGCUCCGCCGAAGAAGACAAUGAGCUGUUAGAAGGAACAGAAGAUGAUCUAUCUAUGAGUGAUAAUGAACUUAACAUGUCCAAAAAGUCGAAACAAAAAUUCAACGAAAGAAAACUCAAAGAGCAGAAAAAGGCGUCAAGAGAAAUGUUCGAAUCGCGUCAUCAAAUAAACAAUUCCAAAACUGAAAAAAAGAAGAAAAGAAUACAACUAAACUCGAGCUCUGAAUCAGAAUCAGAUCGUGAUGAUGAUGAAGUUAAGAAACCUUCCAAAGCAAAAACUAGACAAAUUUUAGAUUCUAGUGCAGAUAUUACUUCUAAUAGUCAAGGAAAUGCGCUUAGUAAAAGAAAAUCGCAAUCUAUGAGAUCAUCAGAGUCGGACUACGAAGAUAUCAAACCACUUAAAACAAAAAACAAGCAAAGAUUAGAUUCAGAAGAUAUAAAUGUUUCAAAGGAAGAUAGUAUAAAACUGCCCAAGAGAAAUAAAACACCAUCUCAAUCAAUCUGCAAUGAGAGUAUUGUAGAAAAUAAUGAAAAAGAGAUAUCUUUCAACAUGGACCAAGUUGAAAAUGAAUGUGAUCCAUUAUCUCAAUCCAUCAAAAAGGAACCCAAGAGACCUCUUAAAGAAAAUAUGUCACUAGCAUUUAUUGAUGCACAGAAUGCUAAUAUGUCUAUCAAAGAUAGUAAUAAAUUGGACCCCUUGGCAUCGACGAUCGCUAACGAUGAUGAUGAGGUUGACUCUUCUAUGAGCAGUGAUAAUGAAAGAAUAGUGCAAGAUUAUGAUUCAAUUUUGGAAGGCCUUAACAAAGCCAAUAAAAUCAAAUCAGUCGAUACAUCUUUGAAUUUCGAAAAGAGAACAAAAAAGAAGGACAAAGAGCCCAUCGUGGAUCAUCUUAAUCUUACUCAAGUUAAAGGCAAGAAAACUAAAAACAAAAUGGAAGUUCCGAAAAACGAUAAAAGUAAAGAAACUGAGGCAUUGCCACUUGAUAAAGAUGAAAGUUCAUCAGAUUCUGAAUCUGCACUUAUGAAUUUGUUAUUCUCUGAAGAGAGUAAUCAUUGUGAUGAUGCCAACACUAAAAAUGAAGAUGACAGUAACAACUACAUUCCUCUUAAAAGAGUUGCCGGAAAAACUGAUAUUCAUGAUUGCGGCCCACAGGAAAAUGAUCAAUCAAACAAAACACCUAAAGAUAAGAAAAAGAAAAACCGAACACUCUCUGAAUCUAGUUUUACUAACAAAUCAGAUUCUGUAGAUGGUGGUGUUCCAUUUUUCAUUGAUACGGAAGGCACCAAUGCUCAAAACACUUCUCUGGGUAACAAGUCACUCCACAGAAGCAAAAUCUCUGUAUCAGAAAAGGACAAUGACUCAGAUUCAGAUGCGCCAAUGGAGGUUUCGUUCAAAAAGGAUAAGAAUCUAUCAAACUCUAAAAUGGACAAUUUGGAUGAAGGGUCAUUGAACAUAUCAAGCAGCACUGGCAGUAGCAAAAAGAAGAAGAAACAGAACAUGAAUAGUUCAAACAUAGAGAUAAAAGUGACAUCGGACAGUAAAAAGACAGAAAGUGCAAAGAAGAAAAAUAAGAAAACAUCUAUUUCGUUGAAUGAAUCUAUAACUGCUACUGAAAAAGUAACAUCGGACAGUGAAAAGACAGAAAGUGCAAAGAAAAAUAAGAAAACAUCUAUUUCGUUGAAUGAAUCUAUAACUGCUACUGAAAAAGUAACAUCGGACAGUGAAAAGACAGAAAGUGCAAAGAAAAAUAAGAAAACAUCUAUUUCGUUGAAUGAAUCGAUAAUUGCUACUGAAAAAGAUACUAUUGAAUCUACUGAAACAUUAAACAUAAAAACUCCAGGGAGUGGUAAGAAAAUACGAAAGAAUUCGAAUGUUGAUUCAAAAGAUGAGAUAGACGCAGACGAGUUAACAAUCAACAAAUCAAUUUCGAAAACUCCUUCAAGUGAUAAAAAGAAAAGUAAAAAAUCUAUUGAUGUGGCCAGUGAAGAGACAAAUGUGACUGUGUUGGACACAUCACUUAUAACGUCAAAUGGCAAGAAAAAACAAAAGAAGAUCUCAGAGAACUCACAAAAUGAUACCGAAAUUCCACCUAUUCCUGAACAACCUGGAAGCGCAAAGAAAAUAGAAAAUAACGACACUGAAAAUAAGAAUAAUGCAGAAGGCGAAAGCCGUAAGCUAACUAAGGCUGAAAAACGUAAAAGAAAAAGAUCAUCCCUUGUUUCUGAAGAAGACCAAAAAGAUCCCAAUGAAAAGGAAGCUUUACAUUUGAACAAACAAAAGAAAGUCAAAUUGACUCCACAAGGUAUGAUGGAAACGGAAAAGAAUCUUACAGAGUUAAUAAAGGAAACUAAAAGCAAAAAGCGAAAAGAAAGAGAAGAUGAUAAUAUUGAAAUUAUACAGCCUACGAAGGAGAGUUCACUAAAGAAAGUGCAAGUAUCUCGCUUACCUACAAGUGUUUUAGAGCAGCUCGACGAUAAACCUAGACAAGAGGAACCAAAACGAAAGAAAUCUAAACUCAUAGCAACCACAGAUUUCAUAGUAGAAGAAACCAAAAUAAGGAAAAACAAACCAUCAAUGUUUUUGGAAGAAAGCAUAUAUCUGAACGAAGAUGAGAAAGAACUGAAGAAACAGAAGGCUAAAAGUUUGAAACCAAAAGUGUUGCCGUUUGUUCCGACUGCUUCUACCUCCAUCAGUGGUUAUACAACAAAUUUCAAAGUAAAUGUUAUACCAAGGGACACUAAAUUUGUUGCUCAAUCAAACAAUGUUACCAACUUUAAAUCUGAGUAUUUAUAUGGUAAGAAAAUUAAACGGAACGGAACAUAUGAAAUGUACAAAAGAAGCAGGAAUGUGAAGUUAUCUAAAUUUUGAUGAAAAGUGAUUUCAAAUUUUAGAAAGUACUCGUAACAUAACCAAAAGACUGCCUUUUCAUUGUAAAAACGUUUCAGUAAUAAUAUUAUUAUUAUAGGAUGUAAUUUACUUUUUCCCAUGUUGAGUGUCAUAUUUCCAUUCUUGAAUUUUUUUCGUUAAUAGAAUAUUUUAGCUGUUAAUAAUUUUUGUAUUGAUAACUUUAAAAUACUGUUAUUUUUAAGUGUUAAAAACAAAAUAUGAAUUUGACAUUUGACCAGAAAUGUUGAUAAGACCUGUAAAAUAAUUCCAAUAUUUAGCUAAACUUCAAACAUUUUCUCAAAUGGCCUGACAUUAUUUGUUAAUUUCAAUGUAAUUUAUAUUCUUAAUUAUGUUAAUUCAUUUGUUUAGUGUGUUUUAAGUCGUUUCUAAAUUGUUGUUUAUUAUUGUUUUAAACUUUGGUGCGGUUGAAUUUCCCGCUAAAACUCGAAUGUUUUAAUUACUGUCAAUAGAUGGCGCAAGCUGUCUCGAUAAGCAAAAACCAUGUGCCUUGUUUUUUGUUAUUACAUGUUUUGAACAACAUGAUAUUACUAUGUUAAACAUAAAUUUGUAUUAAAAAGCCACUGCAGAUGUUAAAUGCAAAUAUUUGCUACAUAAUAAACAUUUAUUAAUAAAAUA